CAAUGGGCCCCUUUUCCUGCCGCUUUCUAGCUGAAGCACACAGCAGGGUCUAAGAAAUCUCGAGCCGUGAAGGGACGCCUGGCUUUGCUGUUGGACCAACCCUCCUGCUCCUCCCUCUUUCUCCCCCACCUUUCUGAAGGACCUGAUCUCUUUCUCUCAUUGAGUGUUGCUCCUGGCUGAUCUAUCUUUCUCCCCUUGUAGCUCUGAAAAUCUAGGUGGGCUUGCUCUGAACUGAAAAUUGAUUUGAUCAGCAGGGAAUGAGUUAAUUGAAAUCAGAAGGAAGAAGAAAACUUCUCUUGUGCCUGCGAACUGGAAGGAAUUAAGCAGAUACAGCUAUGACUGGUUUAUUACUCCUUGGAAUUUUUUUCCUCUCUCAACUUUUAGCCAUUGCUUCUGCUCAGAGGCCAGGACCACGAGGCUUGCCUGGACCGCGAGGACCUCCAGGGCCACCUGGUAAAGAUGGCAUUGAUGGAGAACCUGGCCCUCCUGGUUUGCCUGGGGCACAAGGGCCUAAAGGAACACAAGGGAAGCCUGGGAAAAAAGGAGAUGCUGGUUUGCCAGGUCUUCCGGGAGUAGAUGGUUUAACAGGUUCUGAUGGCCCACCUGGACCGGCAGGAUCCCCUGGAGACAGAGGUAGUAUAGGACCAGCAGGACCAGUUGGACCAGCGGGCAAAGGACUUGCAGGACCACCAGGACCUCCGGGCACCAGUGGACGUCCAGGAGGAAGGGGGCCCCAAGGUUCGCCAGGACCAUCUGGACUUCCAGGGUUUCCAGGACCUCCAGGACCACCUGGUAUCCCUGGAGUGCUUCUUGACCACAACAGAGAUCUUCAGUGUCCAUCUCUCUGUCCACCGGGCCUUCCAGGACCACCAGGAAUACCAGGAUUCAAGGGGCACACCGGUCAGAAAGGAGAACCUGGAGAAGUAGGCAAAGAUGGGGAGAAGGGUUCACGAGGACCACCAGGCCCGGUGGGGCCCCCAGGAACUGUUGGCUUGCAGGGUCCUCGGGGAUUAAGUGGACCAGUUGGGCCAAUCGGUCUUAUUGGUGACAGGGGAGACAUUGGAUUCAGAGGACAACCUGGAAUACCAGGACCUCCAGGAAAAGCAGGCCCCCGUGGUGAUAGAGGCCAUCAAGGUUUUCAAGGGCCAAAAGGUGAUGCUGGUCAACCAGGUCCAGAAGGAGCUCCAGGGACUGCUGGGCCUCCAGGAGAACCUGGCAUUCCUGGAAAAGAUGGAAGAGAUGGAGCACAUGGACUUGACGGUGAGAAGGGCGCUGCAGGUCGUUCUGGUGCUGCUGGAGAGAAAGGCCCAAAUGGACUCCCUGGACUACCUGGAAGCGCAGGCCCUAAAGGUGAAAAGGGGCAACCUGGAACUCCUGGAGAAAUGGGAGAAUCUGGCCCUCCAGGAGAACCAGGUUUACCUGGAGAACAAGGUAUUCCUGGUGAGAGAGGUGAACCUGGCCCAAGAGGAUCUUCUGGAGGGCUUGGUCCACAAGGACCUGCUGGAGCAGCUGGCGUAAGAGGCUUCCAGGGUCAUACGGGACCAAGUGGGGAGCCUGGUCGACCUGGCCCCACCGGGCUACGGGGGGAAUCCGGUGAGCAGGGUCCUACUGGAGUUUCAGGACCCAAAGGUAACCAGGGCAUUGCAGGAACAGAUGGACUGCCAGGAAGUAAAGGAGAACUGGGUCCUUUUGGACCUCCUGGUCAGAAAGGGGAGGCAGGACAGAGAGGAGACCUCGGCCCUAAAGGAGUCCAGGGCCCCAAUGGAACUGUUGGAAUGCCAGGAAUUCCAGGCCAUCCAGGCAAAAUGGGUUUACAAGGAGAGCAAGGAAUCCCUGGGAUUGCUGGGAAACCAGGCCCUCCGGGAAAAGAAGCUAGUGAGGAACGCAUACGGGAGCUCUGUGAUGGAAUGAUCAGUGAGCAAAUUGCCCAGUUAGCUGCUAAUUUAAGAAAACCUUUGGCUCCUGGCCUCAUGGGGAAGCCUGGGCCUACUGGCCCUCCAGGGCCUCCGGGGGCAAUGGGGAGCAUUGGACAUCCUGGGGCCCGUGGCCCACCUGGAUACAGGGGACCAACAGGGCAUUUGGGAGCCCCUGGUCCCAGAGGGGACCCUGGUGAAAAGGGAGACAAAGGGGUCAUCGGCAAAGGCGUUGAUGGACCUGAUGGAGAUCAAGGAUCACAAGGACCACCAGGUGUCCCUGGAACUAGGAAAGAUGGUCGGAAUGGUUUCCCUGGUGUUCCUGGAUUACCAGGAGACCCUGGAAGACCAGGUUCAGCUGGAGCACAAGGAACUCCAGGACUCUGUGAUACAUCUGCCUGUAUGGGAGCUGCUGCUAGAGGAAAAUCCAAGAAAUCAUAAAACUGCAUGAAGUUGAAUGAAUGAAGUGAGGAAAGGGAACUGAGCAUUCAAUGGGUUUGUUCAUACAUGAUGAAACACUGUCCUAAUCGAAAGAAAAUGAAUAAAAUGGAUACUAUACAGGUAGUCUUUGACUUGCAACCAUUCAAUCGUUUGAAGUUACAACAGCGCUGAAAAAAGUGACUUACAACUAAUCCUCACACUUAUGACCAUCACAGCAUGUAUCUAUGACAGUUGCAGCGUCCCAGGGUCACGUGAUUAUCAUUUGCGACCUUCCCAGGGGCCUUCCGACAAGCAAAGUCAAUGGGGGAAGCCGGAUUUGCUUAACAACUGUGGCUAAAAAGGUCGUAAAAUUGGGCAUGACAUUGCUUAGUGACAAAAGUUCUGGUCCCAAUUGUGGUUAAGUCGAGGACUACCUGUAUUUCAGUUCCAUGGGGAAAAAAAUCAACUUAAACAAAAUGGUCUCUGUAGUUAAAUUCUGUUUCAUACAAUGUAUAAGUUCUUUGCAGAGAUAUCCUAUUAUUCCUGAAGUAUUUUCCAUUUAACAACUUCCCGCUAAGAUUAUACACUUUUUGCAAUGGCUUCAUUUGCCACCAUUUUAUGUUUAUGAAUCCUGUUUUACUACUGGUAAAAUGACAGAUGUAAAGGUUCCAUUUAUUAUUUGCCAGCUGGUCCAACUGUACAUACCUGCAGAUAUUACUGGGCAGAUGACUCAGAGAGAAUUAUCUAGCAGGAACAAUGCACACAUAGUCCCAUUAAAUGGCUAGGAGCUGGGAUACUUUGUAGAGAUCUCUGUCUAUUUUGACUGGGGUUCAUAAAUGUAAAAGAAGUGAACUGAAUCAAAAUGGAUGCUAAGAACUACUGUUUAUAAAAUCUGCACAAUUCAAAGAUCCCCCUGAAAUUCACACCCCAGCAUUUUGUACCAACAGCUUAUUAUAUUGAAUCAAAAGCCCUGUUGGAGAUUCAUCUGAGUGUUCACGGGUGUGGGUUGAUCACAACAGCAGCAGAAACAUUCUGCAGGUGUGUUAUCAUGAUACACUCAGAGCCCACUCUCUGACAUGAAUUCUUAAAAAAACUUCCAGUUCAUGGUUUAUGAGACAAAGCCUGUAUGUAUCUGUUCCUCAAGUGAUGAAUUUGAACAUUUCUCCAUUAUUAUAAAGGAUAUUCAGUAAUGACACGUUAUACCCUUUCCACAUUAUUGAUAAAGACACAAUGUACAGAAAAUGAACACUAUCUAAACGGAGUGUAUAAAUUACUGUAAAAAUAAAAUUUAAAACUGUAA